CUGCCGGAAUGUAUCAAACUGUGGCUAUGUAUCAAUUGUGAAGGGCCGCGUUGAAAUUGACUGGACAUGGAGCCUUUCCUUAGGGGCUGUAUAACCACUUUGGAGAGGGGAGCACCCAGCCUACAUGUCGUCCUUGGAAAUGAAACUUGUGAUCUGGAUUCCAUGGUUUCCGCCAUCGCAUUUGCCUACUUCCUGAGCAAGACUGCCGUGGACCAGAAGGCUGCCUUUGUGCCUGUCUUGAAUAUUCCACGCUCUGAAUUCCCUCUACGUGGCGAGUGUACGUUCCUCCUACAGCAGAACUCCCUCUCUGAGGACCUGCUGGUGUUCCGGGAUGAGAUCGAUCUACAUGGCCUACACAGGGAUGGACGAUUGGUCCUUACCCUGGUUGACCAUAAUGUCCUGCCCAGAGGUGACUCGGCCCUGGAGGACUUGGUGAUGGAGGUGGUUGACCACCGGCGCUUGGAGCGUCCCCUCACCCCUGGCCUUGCUGUGACCACCGAGCCCGUGGGGUCCUGCGCAACGUUGGUGACGGAACGGAUCAUCCUAAAAGCGCCUGAUAUUCUGGACAGGCAGCUUGCUGAUGUCCUGCGCAGUACCAUUCUCCUGGACUGCAUUAACAUGGCGCCUGAAGCUGGGAAAGUGACACCAAAGGACACUGAAUAUGUCACCACCUUGGAGUCAAGAUUCACAGAUCUCCUGCCAAGGGCCGUCGUGUUUGAUUCACUGCAGAGAGCCAAGUUCGACGUCAGCGGGUUGACCAUCGAGCAGAUGCUGAGGAAAGACCUGAAGGUUUUAUCUGGCGGGGAUAUCCUUUUAGCCAUCAGUGCUGUCUACCUGAGGCUCGAGGAGCUGCUGGCCCGUCCCGGAUUGAAAGCAGGGUUUGAGGAAUUUUGUCGGGCCAGGGGCUACAGCGUUCUGGUUGUCAUGACCAUCACCUUUGAGCAGAAGAGUGAACCCUUCCGGCAGUUGGCAGUCUACAGCCCACACUGUAACUUGAGAGAAUCGGUGAGCCGGGCACUGGAGGAGUCUGAGACCCCUUUGUUACAGCUGACGCCACUGGACAGCCCAGAUUCAGAAAUCGUGGCCUACCACCAGGGAAAUGGGCAAGCCUCUCGCAAGAAGGUGCUGCCCGUCAUUGUGGACUUCCUGAAGGCCCAGGAGGCUGGCCGGUCAGACCCUGCAGUUGUCUGCUGGGGGUGGGGAACUGUCUCACGGGUCCCGAGGGGACAGGGGGAGGAAGAGGGGGAGGAUGUGGAGGAGACUGCCUGCGACGAGGAGGUUUACCUACCCCCCACUCCCAUGAACAGCCUGGUGGAGGGCUGCCCUCUGGAUGGGGGGUUGCCCAAACUGUUGCAGGAGGCUAUCUUGGAGCGGUUCGACAAAAUGGCUGUCGAGGGCCCAGUGGUGGAUCCCAGCAACCACUAGCCUGAGUCUGGACAGAGCUUCUGGUUUUGACUGUUGAGGUUGUCACUGGGGGAUGGAGGGGUUGAGUUGAUCUUUGGAAAGAGGCAGUUUUGAAACUAGCUGAAGUCAUGCCCCAAUCCCUGCCCCCCCGAUUAAACAUUUAUUUGCCUCCCUCCUGGGCAAGGAAACACUCUUUUCGAUCUAUCACCUGGUUCCCCACCCCUGCCACCAAUUGGCCCCAUCCUUGCACUCCCCACCCA